AUGAUUGAGCAGACUGGCAUUAGUGCAAAGGCUCAAAGGAAGGUUGCCAGGGAGAUAAAAACUGCCCGAGCAUUUGGCUUGAUGCCCUUUACAACAAUGGGAACGAAGUCAUUUAUUUUUGGGAGAACCAUGAAGAAUCUUGAUGAAGAUUUUGAAUACGAAAGUAAGAUAGAGGAUGGGGAACCUGAUAUGGAAGGAGACCAAGUAUAG